GUGCAGGUUUUAUUCCACGGUGCACCUUCUGCUCCAUCAUCAGACGAUGCAGCCCGACAACUUCUAACAGCACCGAAACUGCGGCACAGAUGAUACACCCUGGAAAACAACGGUCAGCUUCCUAGACAGCUAAUGGAUCCAGUGUGACUGUUGCUACACCAUCCUGCCUAGCUGGACUGUCAUACUCUGUCACUAUGGCAACCUGUCCAAGUGACUGCACCCCAGCGGUGCGACUUUGUCAGAAACUGAACCGGCUGAAGACGCUGGAUGAAGACAUGAUGGCCACGUCACUGAAACGCUGCCUCUCCACCCUGGACCUGACUUUGCUGGGAGUUGGGGGCAUGGUGGGCUCUGGCCUGUAUGUCCUGACAGGAACAGUGGCUAAAGACAUGGUCGGGCCUGCUGUCAUCAUUUCCUUCCUUUUCGCAGGGUUCGCUUCUCUUCUGGCAGCCUUUUGUUAUGCAGAGUUUGGAGCUCGUAUCCCAAAAACAGGAUCUGCCUACAUGUUUACCUACGUCUCGGUGGGAGAGAUUUGGGCCUUUCUCAUUGGCUGGAAUGUGAUUCUGGAGAACAUGAUUGGUGGAGCUGCUGUGGCACGGGCCUGGAGCGGCUACCUGGACUCCAUUUUUAACCACGCUAUCCAGAACUUCACAGAGACCCACAUAAUGCAGUGGAACGUUCCCUUUCUUGCCCAUUACCCUGACGUCCUUGCAGCAGGGAUCCUAAUAGUUGCCUCGUUCUUCAUUUCCUUCGGCGUUCAAGUGUCCUCUUACCUCAACCACAUCUUCUCUGUUAUCAGUAUGGCAGUCAUUGUUUUCAUCCUCAUCUUUGGCUUUAUCCUGGCAGAACCAGUCAACUGGAGCCAGAAAGAAGGAGGUUUUGCACCAUUUGGUUUAUCUGGAAUACUCGCAGGCUCUGCCACGUGCUUCUACGCAUUUGUGGGCUUCGACGUGAUCGCAUCCUCAAGCGAGGAGGCGAAGAACCCACAGAAAGCUGUUCCCAUUGCAACAGCGAUCUCACUCGGACUAGCAGCAACAGCUUACAUCCUUGUCUCGACAGUGCUCACUCUGAUGGUACCCUGGCACACGCUGGACCCAAACUCGGCUCUGGCGGACGCUUUCUUCCGUCGAGGCUACAGCUGGGCUGGGAUUGUUGUGGCAGUUGGUUCCAUCUGUGCCAUGAACACUGUGCUGCUCUGUAAUCUCUUCUCCCUCCCUCGGAUCGUGUACGCCAUGGCUGAAGAUGGGCUCUUUUUCAGUAUUUUUGCUCGAGUCAACCCCACCACUAAAGUCCCCGUCAUUGCUAUAUUGGUGUUUGGUUUCCUCAUGUCCACCAUGGCUCUCAUCUUUGACCUGGAAGCAUUGGUUCAGUUUUUGUCCAUUGGCACCCUCCUGGCCUACACCUUUGUGGCAGCAAGCGUCAUCGUGCUGCGCUUCCAGCCUGAGAAAGCCAGCAGCAAGGGAACCGCUUCGACAUCUCCCAACCCCAUCGCUGGGCCGUCUCCUGCACUGUCGGAGUCUCAGACCAUAACUGAGGACACUGGGGAGCUGAAGCAGUAUGAGUCCUUCUCUGACAAACUCCAGCUGGUGGAGAGGCAGAAAACCACAGAGCGGAGAGGAGUGGGGCAGCUAAAGGCGUACUGGGAACCGUACCUGGGAAGGCUGAUGGGGGAUUGUGAGCCGGGCGAGGUGGUGGCCUUCUGCGUGCUGACUCUGAUUGUUAGCUCAGUGUCUUUCUGUGCUGUCCUGGAAUUUGGACAGAAGCAGCUGCAGCUGCCAGUGUGGAGUUUCAUAAUGUUGCUGGUGAUUUUUAGUUUAGCUUUUGUUGUAAGUUUGGUGCUCAUAUGGCUCCACGAGCCACAAACCAACAGCAAAACAUUCCAGGUUCCUUUGGUUCCGUUGACUCCAGGUGCAAGUAUCCUCAUAAAUGUAUUUCUCAUGAUGAAGCUCAGCCCUCUGACCUGGGUUCGAUUCGCAGUGUGGAUCGCUAUAGGUCUCUUUGUGUAUUUUGGCUACGGGAUCUGGCACAGUAAGGAGGGCAUGCGGGAGCUGCAGCCCAAAGACAUGGCUGCUCGAUAUGUGGUACUACCCAGCGGCAGUCUAGUAGAGACAGUGCAGUCCGUCCAGCCCGAUGGACAGGUGGACCCCUCGACCCUCCUCACCAGCUCCCCGGCUGCCCCGCCAGCUGAGGACUACACAGGAAAGAGAUGAUGUGUGACCAAACAAAGUUCUUACUGCUGCCUGGUAUCAUCUGUUGUGUCACACUCAUAGGCUGUACCAUUAUUACUGUACUCUCUGUAUCUCACUCCCCUUAGCCUGCCACACUUUGUUCUCGUUUCUCUGCAGGUGUUAGCGCACCACAGGAUGGGAUGCACGCUCUCUGUCUCUUUGUGAAGCAUAUUUGUAUAUCUUGUAAUACUCGAAUGUACAGUAGAGAGCUAUAUUACUGUCCUGUAAACUCCUAGCAUCGAAGUUGUGAUAGAACCUUUAAGACCAGCUCUCUUUUCUGCGACGUUGACUGAUUUUUCAGAAACCAUGUGGUCAGUAUCUUCUUUGUAACAACAAUAUUUGACUUAAUUAAACUCAGUGUAGGAUUAUAGACACAUAUCUGGAGCUGUAAAUCAUGAAAACCCCACUGCACCGUUUUGACCAUAGUAAGCAUGUGUUGUCAUUUAAGCAGAGCACACAUUCUUUUGAGUUACAUUUUUGCCUUCUCAGAUUAUUUUCUCUCCUAUUACUACGAUUUCUAAAAGGUGAAUUAAUCCCAUAUUCUAAAAUGUGUAUUUAUUUUUCUACCAACACUAUUGUUCUUUUGUACAGAUCUCAUUCGCUUAAAUGUUUCUUUUUUCUGUGGCUGCCACUGAUGUUUUUGUGUGUCUGUGUUAUAUAUUUCAUGUAUUGACCUCUAUAAGUCAUCAUCAGUAAUUGCCGUUCACCUUUUUUAAGUGUCUGAACAUCACUGCAGUGCUUCUCUUAAUCUCCUUAAUGUCAUCCCAUGACCCCUUUCGUUUUUUUUUUGUGUCACUCAUUUUUGCAGUUGUUUCUCACGCUCAUCUAGAGACCAGCACUCUUUCACACUUGAAAUAAGAUUACAAAUAAAAGCACAUGAAUCAUUUUAAUUCUAUCUAACUGUCAAAUGACCAAUUUCCAGAGAUUACUUGAGAAGUUUUUAGAUUAUUUGAUAUAAAAGGUAAGCACAAAUCUAUCCAAUAAAAACCUUCACUAACAGGGUACAAUAAAUUGGCUGGCUAACAGAUAUUGGUUGUCAUGGUAAACUGGGAUGGGCUUCAUCUCUCCGAGGCCUCCGUAAUCCCUGCAGAUUUGUUGCAGUCUGUGUCACAAGCCAGCAGCCUGACCUAGAUUAGACACCAUCACAAGAGUGAGAACAGAUAACACCCACCGUCUACACAAAUAAACAACCGCUUCAAUGAGCAGACGCAAUGCUUUUCUUUUAUUGCAUAUAGAAAUUAUCCCAAUGAUUUUUGUUUGUAUUCAUUGAGCUUUUGUUUGCAUGUGUUACAUAAGAAACCAAUGGCCUUAAACGUGUUGUUAUAGAUGUAGACUGAAAUCCAAAGUUUAAGCACACAAUCCUAGUAAUUUAAUUAUUUUAUUUAUCAUUUGUCUGUUUCAUUUGAUUUUUUUACAAACUCACGCUUUGUAAUUGACGAACCAAAACACAAACAGAAAGUACAGGAGGAUGUAAGGCAUCAUUUAAAAAAAGUCUGUUUAAGAGGAUUUUUGUACAACUUUGCACACUGAGAACUUCUGUCUGAUUAUUUUGUGUCACAGUUUUGCUUUUGAAGUCAGGAUAAGUGACAUAUCUUGAUACUGCGGUGCUUU